CAUCCUCCUUAUCCAUUCCAUUUCAUUUCUUCCCCAAUGCUUCCGCGUGGCAUCAUCUCCAACUUCCGAUCACCCGCCGCCAUCCCUUUCCCGACGACAUGCAAAUACUCCAUCUCCGACAAGGACCUCGAGUCCCGAGGCUUCGCCCUUCGCCGCACGAUCUCCGAUCUCAACCUCGACCACCUCAACUCCGUCUUCGUAGCCGUGGGAUUCCCCAGGCGUGACCCGGAGAAGAUCAAGCUGGCACUGGAACACACGCAGUCCCUGCUCUGGGUCGAGCACAAGAGGAGCCAGAAACCGGUGGCCUUCGCCAGAGCGACGGGGGACGGCGUUUUCAACGCCAUAAUAUGGGACGUGGUGGUGGACCCUUCGUUCCAGGGGAUCGGGCUCGGCAAAGCCGUGAUGGAACGGCUGAUCGAGGAACUGCUGGAGAAAGGUAUUUGUAACAUUGCUUUGUACUCGGAGCCUAGAGUCUUGGGGUUCUAUAGGCCUCUAGGGUUCGUAUCCGAUCCCGAUGGGAUUAGAGGCAUGGUCUACUCUAGAAAGCAAAACAAGAAGAAAUAAUCUGUUUUCCCUUUCUUCAUUCCAGCUUCAAAUUUAUUUACAGAAUCAUGUUCAUCAUUCAAUCAAAAUCGAAGCUUUUUCCCAU